AUGCUGCCGAGCAGAGGAGCAGCAGCAGCAGCAGCGGCAGCAACAGCAGCAGCUGCUGCUGCAAGUGAGAGAGGGGCUCCCGGGUACUGCAUGGCAGCAAUAUGCUCUACUCGGAGGCUCUGGCAGCGGGGUGAUUCUCCUCCAGCAGCGAAAACGGCAGCUUCAGCAGCAACGGGAGACUUCAUCCGCACCACCAGAAACGCCAGCAGCGCCAGCAACGCCGGAGGUGUGGUUCGCCGUUGGUGCCGCUGUAGAAGCAGCAACAGCAGCAGAAGUUGCGGCUCUCACCGUUGGUUUUCCGUGCUGCGCGACCCCCAGCCGCUGCAGCGCGUCCUUGCAGAACUUGCUGCGGCUGAGGCAGUUGAGCAGGACAGCAACAAAAGCAGCAGCGAAAACCUGCAGGACCUUGAGGAGGGUCACGAUGAGUUUUACCGCUCUUCUUUCCAUGAAGAAGAUGAAAGCUGCCCCAACAACUAUGCAAACAUCAGCAGCAACCGCAGCAGCAGCAUUAGCAGCGGCAACAACAACAGCAGGAGCAGACCUGGGGCGAAUAGUAACCUCGAGAGGGAGGAGAGCGACGGAGAUCCUCCUAUACAAGUGCAUGCAGAAAUUGUGCUGUCUAGGGAGCAGCAGGAGAUGCUUGCUGCAGAAGAGGCAACGGCUGCCGCUGCCUCAGCUGCAGACAGACAGCAGCGCUUCUUGCAUUCUGUUACUGCUGCUGAAACGACAGAAGGCGGACUGCGUACAGCUCUGCAGCAGUCGUUCGAAGCUUUGCUGCCUCCCCACGUGGCUGCAGCAGCAGAUGAGGCGGAUGGGUUUGUAUGGAGCGAAGCAGAUGAUGCUUCUCUCACUCCUGCGCAGCGGUUUUAUAGAGACAACAGGGAAUUGCUGCUGCAGCGAGCAGAGCAGUACCUGCGAGGCAAACAAGCAGCAGCUGCAGCAGCAGCAGCAGGUGGCGAUGCUGCUGCUGCGGAGGAGGAGGAGUGGGAUGAUGCUGCGAAGACAGUUGAAGAAGACUGGAAGGCCUAUUUCAACCCAGUGUACAAACAGCCCAAGGGAUUCAGAUGGCCAGUAGCAGAUGCACCAGAAUCUGCUGCUGCUUCUACACCCCCUGUGUACGCCACGCUGCAGCAAUAG